GGAGCGUCAGGUCAUUUUCAAUCCGAGCUUUCGUAAUGCUUUAGACAAAAAUUCGAAAUUCUGGUAUAGUUAAUUGACGCGAUCACUCAGAACUCUAAUACGCGAGUUGUUGUCGCAAUGGGUCCCCAGCCGGAGCAAGCGCAGAUGCACUUCAGUCCCAAGGUGGACUACAUUCUCAUCCUGGACAAGUUGCGCGAGGACUUCAACAAGAAGUUCGCCACCAACACGCCGUCGCCUAGUACGGGUCUGGAUGACUACGAGAUUAAGGCGACCCUCGGAUCCGGAUCCUUCGGCAAGGUGCAGUUGGUGAGGGAGCGCGAGUCCGGCGUCUAUUACGCCUCCAAGCAGCUCAGCAAGGAUCAGAUCGUGAAGACUAAACAGGUGAGCCACGUGAUGAGCGAGAAAAACGUGCUGCGUUCGAUGACGUUCCCGAACACGGUCAACCUGAUAGCCUCCUACAAGGACUUCGACAGCCUUUACCUCGUCCUGCCCCUAAUUGGUGGCGGAGAGCUCUUCACCUACCACCGAAAAGUGCGAAAGUUUACGGAAAAACAGGCCCGCUUCUAUGCUGCCCAGGUGUUUUUGGCUCUGGAGUAUCUGCAUCAUUGCAGUUUGCUCUAUAGAGACCUCAAACCGGAGAACAUAAUGAUGGAUAAGAACGGAUACUUGAAAGUGACAGAUUUCGGAUUUGCCAAGAAAGUGGAAACCCGUACAAUGACAUUGUGCGGAACUCCGGAGUACCUGCCGCCAGAGAUUAUCCAAUCGAAGCCUUACGGAACCAGCGUGGACUGGUGGGCUUUUGGGGUACUGGUCUUUGAAUUCGUCGCUGGACACUCGCCCUUCUCAGCCCACAAUCGCGAUGUGAUGAGCAUGUACAACAAGAUCUGUGAGGCGGACUAUAAGAUGCCCAGUUAUUUCAGUGGAGCUCUGCGUCAUUUGGUGGACCACUUGCUGCAGGUGGAUCUCUCGAAGCGUUUUGGCAACCUGAUCAACGGCAAUCGGGACAUAAAGGAGCACGAGUGGUUCAAGGAUGUGGAGUGGAUCCCCCUCCUCAAUCAGACAGUUAACGCGCCCUAUGUGCCCAACAUCAGCAAUCCCGAGGAUAUAUCCAACUUCGAUAAGGUCUCUGAUAAGCCGCGACCCAAGGCGAAAACCAUGCGACACGAGGAAGCCUUCGCGGACUUUUAACGAAGAUAGAUUUGUACUUGUGAUAGACCCCUUGACUCUGUAAAUUUUCGGCAGCAUUAGCUAAACAUUAUACUCUAGAUCCCCCCAUUCUUUUGAUAGACGACAGCUGCUGCUCACAUGUAUGAUGUCAACGGCUCUGAAUUUUCAGAUGGGGGAGUGCUUUUCCUUUGGAGAUUUUCUCGGAAAACAGCUGGGCCUGCUGACUUGGUGAUUUCCCACACUUGUUGCGCUGGUUUCCCCAAUUCUCAAUUCGACAAACUUGACUUGUAAUUAGACUUGAGGCAGUGCCAUAAAUCUUGUGCGUUUGUCGCUGCUGCAAGUGGAUGGAUGGAUUUAUGGCCACUCUGUUUACUUAUCUCCAUGUGGGUGUAGCUUUCGCUGAAAGAGUUCGCCUCCGAGUUUGGGUUUGCACGAAAUUAUGUUAAACAAUAUUUAAACGAGCUCUCUCGCCGGCGGACCAGAGUCAUAAAUCUUUUAUACCUUUUUCUGCUCUUCUGCAUAUCGGGGCACAUUGAUUUAUAUGCAAAGACUUAAUAAAAAUAGAGCAAUGGCCAGACGGCAG